AUGCCCCAGUGCACCAACAGCCCAAUUUUGGCUAUAUUCUCUGAGCGAUUUAAGGAAGUCCGCAACCACUCAUCUCACGUGACCUUAAAAACGGGCGCAGUAGAGCCCAGAAUAAAACACUCCUUUUUCUUCUACAUCAACUUCACUGCCCAGCAUGAAGCGGGGGCACGCCCGCUCAACUGCACUGCAGCCGCUGCAAAUCCAAGGCUGCCACACCCCCCGGCAACCAGGGACACGGCUUCAUCUUCCUCUUUCUCCAGCGGAAAGGGGGCCCUCUCCACGGAACGCCCCACCUGCUGGAGUCCUCCACACCCCGAAACGCAACGCCCGGGAGCAGGCGCGGGUGGCAGGCGGCGCUGGGGGGCAACAGGAGCGGAAGGGCCGCGGCGACCUGCAACCCGCGCAUGCGCAGAUCCGAGUACCCGCCCGUUUACCUACCGUUGGAACCGCGAUGCCCCGUUCCCUGGCCGCGGCCGCUUCUCCAGGACCCGCGGCGACGGCAAGAGGGCGAGAACUGAGGCCCCAACUGGCUCCGCGGCCGGGAAGCCUCUUCCUGGGGCGGCCGCUGACGAGAGGUUAAAGCUACGGCUGCGGCGCGGGGCCAGCCCGCAGGUGGCAGUAAAGUGUUUUGUCCAAACUAAAUUACAACGACUACUUCCCAAUAGAUGGAAGCAAAGCGUCUGGACGAAGGAGAGCUUUUUUCUCAUGGAUCUGCUGAAUACAGACAUUUUUGAUUGUCACCACUGGAGAGGUGCUAUUGGCUGGUGGGUGAAGGUCAAGGAUGCUGGUAAACAUCCUUUAUGGCACAGGACAGCCCCUACAGCAAAGAACAGCAAUUCUGUUUGUUACAGAGAUGAGAGAAUACCUCACUAAAAGAAUACUUCAAAAUUACAUCACUUUUUCUUCUUUUUUCCUACAAGUUCUUUACCUGUAGAUGGAAACGUCACAUUUCAAUAUAUCAAUAGAGUCAAAAAUAGUAUUUGCAAUAGCUAUUUGGCCAGGAUGAGAAGUGACUGGUAUAGACCAAGCCUUUGUGUUUCCAAGACUCCCUCUGGAGAUGAGGCCAUGCCAGGAAAAUUACUACGUGAGAUAAAAUUGUUAUUUAUUUGCAAGAUGACUUUUAAGCCUGGAAAACAAGCACUCUAUCCAGCUCAUCUGAACAGAGGCAUUAUGCCUCUCAGAAGUAAGGUCAUGAGUCACGUCACUGUAGAAGGAAUAUAUCUUUGCUACAACCUGGACUGCAUUCUAGAUGCCAGGGAGGACCUCAGCAUAUCUGCCUCCCCAAGGUCAUCAGUGUCACUGGAAUGAGACUUGAAGUCAGGAAGUAGCUCUCUGUCUCUGCAGUUACUUUACAGAUGGCUAAUAAUGCCCUCAUUAUUCACAGAGAAUGCAAAUGGAUUCUUCCCUCCUUUACAUGAGUUUGACUGAAUUCGGCUCUUCCAGAUGUAGCAAGAUGUUGAGCCUUUCCCUUGCACCAUCAGUAAGGAAACUUUUAAUCAGGUGUUUUCCUUACCGUUACUGAUCUCCCUGAGCAAGGCUGUUUGAGUAUUGGGAUAUAGAUUAACUUGUGUUCAGUUAAGGCUGCCUUGUCUUUCUUAAUACAAUGUUAAUAAGAAACGAGCCACCCUAGCCAGAAAAGCCAAAAAGAUAUAUUCUAUCCCCACCAAUUCUAUCACUUAAAAGUAAAAUAGAUACAACAAACAUUCAAAGUUCCAGUUCUAGCCCUGUUACUAGCCUUUUGACUAUGGUCAAGUUACUUAGUUGUACCUUAGAUUCCCCAUUAGUCAAAUAGGGAAACUAAGACUUAAAUGAAUUGGUAUGCAUAAAAGUGCUUUAUUAGCCAUAUACAAUUUUUUCAGUUCUCUCUCCUAUACUGCAUUCAGAGGCCUAGAGAACAAUCUGAAAAUGUCUUGCUUUCAUAUCUGGAUUUUUAUUGCUAGGAAUGAGGCCCGGUGUGAACACCUUUCUUGACAGAAGUUGCCAAAUCUUUGUCUAUCUAUUUGUAAAUGAAAACCAAGAACCACUGAGAAUUCCCCCAAACUCUCGGUGCUGGUUUUAAGAUCUUCUGAGUCUUGUAAGUUAUAGUAAAUACAAGCACAUCUCUUCCCCAAUUAGAAGCAUAUUUACACUGCCCAUUUGUAGAACAAGACAUGACUGUAAAUACAGAUAGGAAGCCAUCAUUACAUGCAGUCUUGUGUGCAGGGAAAAACAAGUGCAUAUGGAGAUGAGAUUGUGACUACUCUUGAUUCUUACAGAGCAGUAAAAUGCUAUCAAAUUCAGUCAAACUCAGCUAAUUAAUUUUCUCCUUGAGGUAGUCUCCUCUACUGGGAAGAAAGGAAGAACUAAAAACACAUCAAAUUUAAAUCCUCUGGUAAAAGAGAAGCAACUCACCAUUAGAGAGAUGUAUUGCUGGCUCUUCCAAGAAAUGGAGUGGAAAUCUUUCUGUGCCACUUUGCCCAGGACCAUUGUGCCAGUGUGCAAGAAUGUGUGUUUUUCAUAAACAGAAAAAUAUCACUAGCUGCAAAGAGAAGAAACUGUUCCAGGGUGUACAAAUCCCACGCCAACCUCCAAAAUAAUGGCAAAUACUGUUCUGAUCUUAGCAACCCAGAAUAACCUUUGUGCCAUUUAUUUAUUCAACACAUAUUUCUUGGACAGCUGUUAUGGGUCAGGCACUGUGCUGGGGGACAUGAUCACGAUCUCUGCCCUGGAAAAGCUUCAUCUUACAUAUCUCUGGAAUAAAAUCUUUUGUUUAAUAGAACCAAAGUUAACAUAAUGUGGAUUUCAGCUUCUGUAUUCACUCAUAUAGCCACUGGUGCCAGUCACAUCCAGUUUAGAGAGCUGGAACAAUUGACAGUAAGUCUCAUCUUUGCCAAGUCCACAUAUUUGGCCUGAUAACUUAGAAUUCAGUGUAUGACAAUAAUGUAAGCCAAUACUAUCAUCAGCUAUAAGACUAAUUUGUUUUGGUUUCUUUAUUAAAUUCCUAUAAUCAGCUAGAUAUUUUUUCCACAAUCAGAACUUUUAUUGUUAAAAAUAAAUAAAUAACAAAGAAUAAAUAUCCCUUUCUCUUCGUCUGCCUGUAUCCAUAUAGGGGAAAGAAAAAAGUAUUCAGAGAUUCAGUGAGAUUAUGACCUUCAUAAAGUCAUGAGCUUUCUACUGCCUUUUUAACCAGAAAUCUAGGCAGGAGGGUCUCACCAUUUUGCAUACCCUACCUGUUCCUUAGAGGCUCUAGGCUUUUGAGCCUUCCUAUCAUUUGACCAGCCAGGUUGCUUCUCAGCACCUUUUUUUUCCCCUUUGAGUCAGGGUCUUGCUUUGUCUCCCAGGUUGGGGUCCAGUGGCCCAAUUAUAGCUCACUGCAGCCUCUAUAUCCCAGGCUCAAGCAAUCCUCCCACCUCAGCCUCCCAAGUAGCUGGGACUACAGGUAUGUGCCACCAUGCCCAGUUUUUGUUUUUUUUUUUUCUUAGAGACAUAUUAUCACUACAUUGCCCAGGGUGGCCUCUAACUCCUGGGCUCAAGAUAUCCUCCCACCUCAGCCUCCCAAAGUGCUGGGAUUACAGGCAUGAGCCACCAUGCCUAGCCUUCAGGCACCUUCCAUUCAGACCACAUUUUCUGUGGCAAACUGACAACGCCGAUGUUUGCAGAUUGCAGUCUAACUACAGCUGUAUUUUUUGCCAAACAUUUACACCUAACUGCUCUUUUCCACUAAAGUAUAUAACAAUUUACAGAAGCAUUUAAUGUUUUCUGAAUCCCCAAGCUCAUCAGCAGAGAAGCUCCAAAACAUGAAGGCGUGCAUCCCUAUUUUAGGCCUUCGUAUAAAGAAACCAACCUGGCCGGGCACGGUGGUUCAAGCCUGUAAUCCCAGCACUUUGGGAGGCCGAGGCAGGCAGAUCACGAGGUCAGGAGUUCAAGACCAGCCUGACCAACAUAGUGAAACCCCAUCUCUACUAAAAAUACAAAGUUAGCCGGGUGUGGUGGCGCAUGCCUGUAAUCCCAGCUACUGGGGAGGCUGAGGCAGAAGAAUCGUUUGAACCCAGGAGGCAGAGGUUGCAGUGAGCCGAGAUUGCGCCACUGUACUUCUGCCUGGUGACAGAGUGAGACUCUGUCUCAAAAAAAAAAAAAAAAAAAGGCCAGGCACGGUGGCUCAAGCCUGUAAUCCCAGCACUUUGGGAGGCCGAGGCGGGCCGAUCACAAGGUCAGGAGUUCCAGACCAGCCUGGCCAAUAUGGUGAAAUGCUGUCUCUACUAAAAAUAUUUUUAAAAAUUAGCUGGGCAUGGUGGUGCAUGCCUGUGAUCCCAGCUACUCAGGAGGCUGAGGCAGGAGAAUUGCUCGAAUUGGGAGGCAGAGGUUGCGGUGAGCCGAGAUCGCGCCACUGCACUCCAGCCUGGGCAACGGAGACACCGUCUUAAAAACAAAACAAAACAAAACAAACAAAAAAAGAAGGAGAUAAUAGAAUGGAGGGAAGACAAUAUUCAAAGAAAUAGUGGCUGAACAUUUUCCAGAAUUGAAGGUAAAUAUCCUAAAUUCUAGAAGACCAAAACUUGCCAUGCUGAAAAGUAUAAAAUGCACACAUAAAGUUUAGUACCCAGAGAGAAAGGGGAUCUUAAAAUUAGGCAGCAAGAAAAGACAUUAGGCCAGGCACAGUGGCUCACGUCUGUAAUCCCAGCACUCUGGGAGGCCAACAUGAGCAGAUUGCCUGAGGUCAGGAGUUCGAGACCAGCCUGACCAACAUGGCAAAACCCUGCCUCUACUAAAAUUACAAAAAUUAGCUGGGUGUGGUGGCACACGCCUGUAAUCCCAGCUACUCUAGAGGCUAAGGCAGGAGAAUCGCUUGAACCUGGGAGGCAGAGGUUGCAGUGAGCCGAGAUUGUGCCACUGCACUCCAGCCUAGGCAACAGAGCAAGACUCCAUCUCAAACAAAAAAAAGAAAGACACUAAUCUUCAAAGAAAAGAUAAUUUGGCUGACAGCUGACCUUUCAAUAGUAACAAUAGAAGCCAAAUGAUACCGCAGUGUAUCUUCAAAAUGUUAAGAGAAAAUUACCAUCUUCCAGAAGGAAGAUCCAAAAUGCGAGAAGUAAUGGUAAACAAAGAAAAUCGUUUGCAUGUUUCCUGUAAAUGUAAACACUGUCCAAAAUAAUGGCAACAAUAUCUAAAUUCUACUAUUGUUCAAUAAUUUUACAUAUACUAUUGUAAGAGGGUAGAUGAAAUUAAAGUAUUAGAAGGCUUUAUAUUGUUUAAGAGGAGGCUAAAUAAGUUUAUAAUUGUUGAGUUAAAUAUACAUGUUAAAAUUUCUACAUAAUCAGUACAAGAAAUUAAACAGUAUAUAUAACUUCCAGUUUAUUAUGGGGAUAAAAUAAAAUGAGAAGAUCUUAAUUUUAAAAAUGGAUAAAAAAUUUUAAAGGAGGACAAAUAGUAAAACAUUAGAUAGCAGAAAUAAAUUCAAAUAUGAGUAAUUACAAUCAGUGUAAAUAUAUUAAUUCCUAAUUAAAAGUCAAAGAGCUGGGCAUGGUGGUUCACACCCAUAAUCCCAGCACUUUGGGAGGCCAAGGCAGGAGGAUUGCUUAAGGCCAGGAGUUUGAAGCCAGCCUGGGCAACAUAGCAAGACCCCAUCUCUAAAAAAAAAAAAAAUUUUGGUCGAGGGUGGUACUGAGACGGGAGAAUCACUUGAGCCUGGGAAUUCAAGCCUGCAGUAAGCACCACCACACUCCAGCCUGGGCGGCAGAGCAAGACCCUGUCUCAAAAAAAAAUUAAUAGCCAGGCACAGUGGUUUGCACCUGUAAUCCCAGCUAGUCAGGAGGCUGAGGCAGGAGGAUCAUUUGAGCCCAGAAGUUCAAGGUUACAGUGAGCUAUGAUUGCACCACUGCACUCCAGCCUGCGCAACAGGGGAAGACCCUGAAGUUCAUAGCUGCAUUUAUUAUAUUGGCGAGAAAAAUGGAAACUCAAGCUCAGGUAGCUAUUAAUGAUAGAAUGAUGAAUGAUUAAUACAGUAUGGUAUCUUCAUACCAUGCAAACAGUGAAAAUGAACAAACUACAGCUACAAACGACAAUAUGAUGAAUCACGAAAAUAAAUGAAAGAAGCCAGACACAAACACAUACUGUAUUAAUCCAUUAAAAACAGUUCAAAAGCAGGGAAAACUAAACUAUCAUUUUAGAAGUCAGAAUUGUAGUUAAGGAGGGAAGUCUUUUUGAGGAAGGAAGAAAUCAAUAAUAAGGAGGGGUCAUGAGAAGAUAUUCCAUUUCUUAACCUAGGGGGAAGUUGCAUGUAUAUGUUCACCUAGGGACAAUUCAGUGAGCUGUACUCAUGAUCUGUAUACUUCUCUGUCUGUAUGUAUUUUAUAUUUCAAAAAGUUUAAAAACUAGCUGCUUAAGUUUUUAAGUUUUUUCUUUAAUUGAAAUUAAAUAUAACAGUGUUUCCCCAAAAAAGCAAAACUAAAUCAUUGUGUUUAGGGAUACAAAUUAGGGGGAAAAAAAAAAAAAAAAGCCAGGAAGUGACUAACAUAGACAUCAUGAUACUGGUUCAGGUUAUUUUGGGAACGAGGGGCAAGAGUUCGUGGAGACACAAAAAUAAGAAUGCUCUUAUUCUUGAUAUGAGCUAUGGUGGUUACAUGGGUAUGUGCUUUGUAUUAAAUUGACCAGGGGCCAGGCACGGUGGGUCAUGCCUGUAAUCCCAGCACUUUGGGAGGCUGAGGAGAGUGGACCACCUGAAGCCAGGAGUUCAAGACCAGCCUGGCUAACAUGGUGAAACCCUGUUUCUGCUAAAAAUACAAAAAGUAGCCAGGAGUGGUGGCGCAUGCCUGUAGUCCCAGCUACUCGGGAGGCUGAGGCAGGAGAAUCACUCGAACCCAGGAAGUGGAGGUUACAGUGAGCCAAGAUCGUGCCACUUCAUCCCAGCCAGGGCAACAGAGCCAGACUCCAUCUCAGAUAAGAAAGAACAACAAAAAAAGAAAUUGACCAGGUCAGCAAGAAUCACUUGAGGCCAGGAAUUGGAGACCAGCCUGGGCACCAUAGUGAGACCCCGUCUCUAUAAAAAAUAAAAUUAAAAAUUAGCCAGGCAUGAUAACACACUAGUAGUCCCAGCUACUCAGGAGGCUGAGGUGGGAGGAUUGCUUGAGGCCAGGUCAAAGCUGCAGUGAUCCAUGAUUGUGCCACUGCACUCCACCCUGGGUGACAGAGAGAGACCCUGUCUCAAAAAAUAAAUAAGAAAUAAGAAUAAAUUAUUGACCUGUGUUUACUUUGUUCAGGCAUUAUUCUUUUUUUUCUUUUUUUUUUUGAGAUGGAGUCUUGCUCUGUCACCAGGCUGAAGUGCAGUGGCGCGAUCUCGGCUCACUGCAACCUCCACCUCCCGAGUUCGAGAGAUUCCCCUGCCUCAGCCUCCUAAGUAGCUGGGACUACAGGUGCACGCCACCAUGCCCGGCGUGCAUGGAUUACAAGCUUGAGCCACUGCACUAGCCUAAAAAAGAUAUUUUAAAGCAAGCUUUUAAAAAAAGAUAAUAGGCCGGGCGCUGUGGCUCAUGCCUCUAUUCCCAGCACUUUGGGAGGCCAAGGUGGGCGAAUCACCUGAGGUCAGGAGUUCGAGACCAGCCUGACCAGUGUGGUGAAACCCAGCCUGUAAUAAAAAUACAAAAAUUAGCCAGGCAUGGUGGCACAUGUCUGUAAUCCCAGCUACUCAGGAGGCUGAGGCAGGAGAAUCACUUGAACCCAGUGGGCGGAGGUUGCAGUGACCCGAGAUCACACCAUUGCACUCCAGCCUGGGCGACAGAGCAAGACUCCGUCUCAAAAAAAAAAAACAAACAGAUAAUAUAAGACAAUGUCUUCAUGAUUCUUAAAUAAAACACAGCCUUUUCACGGUAAAUAAGGAUUGAUAAAUUCAGCUAUUUUACAUUUGACACCAUUAAAAAAGUGAAAAUUCAAGCCAAAAGACUGGAAAAGUUAGCUACAAAACAUUCAACCCAAAAAGGACUACUAUCCACAUGAUAUAAAGAACUUCUGGAAAUAAAUUUUAAAUUUUUUGAAAAGACUAUCUAAUAUGAAAUUACAAAAAUAAACUUUUUUAUAGGGAUUGCACAUAAAAGGAAAUCCAAAUGGCCAACACAUGUAUGAAAAUACUCAACCACAUUAGUAAUCAGGGAAACGCAAACUAAAAAAUACAACUUUACAUCCACCAUAAUAAACUCACCAGCAUGGCCAAAAUUAGUAAGUCUGAUAGUAUCAAGUGAUGUGGAACAACAGAAUCUCUUUCACUGCUAGUAGCAGUGUAAAUUCUAAAAUUGAAAACAUAAUAUCUCUAGAACUAAACAAUUCCACUCCUGAGUAUAUACUCUGGAGAUCUGUGUGCACAAAGGUAGCAGAAUAUAGGUACAAAAAUGUUCACAUCUGCAUUAAUUCUAAUAGUCCAAAAAUGGAAACAAAACACUCCAGCCACAGAAGGAUAGACCAUACAAGGAAAUACAUACAACAAUGAGAAAAGAAUGAGGCCAGGCAUGGUGGCUCAUGCCUGUAAUCCUAGCCCUUUGGGAGGCUGAGGCAGGCAGAUCACUUGAGCUCAGGAGUUUGAGACAAGCCCAGGUAACACGGCAAAACCCUAUCUCUACAAAAAAUACAAAAAUUAGCCAAGCACAGUGGCACACACCUGUAAUCGCAGCUACUCAGGAGGCUGAGUGGGAGGACAGUUUGAGCCUGGGAGGCAGAGGCUGCAGUGAGCCAAGACUGUACCAUUGCACUUCAGCCUGGGCAACAGAGCCAGACUCUAUCUCAAAAAGAAAAAAAGAAUGAAUAAACUUAGACCUACAGGUAGCCACAUUGUUGAAUCAUAGUAAUAAAGAAGGUAAAUAAAAUACAAAAGAAACCUACAGAAUGGCUCUUUUAUAAAGCUCAAAAUCAGACAAAACUAGUCAGAGGUACAUACACAGGUGGUAAAAUUACAAAGAGUGGCCAGACACAGUGGCUCACACCUGUAAUCCCAGCACGUUGGGAAGCUGAGGCAGGUGGAGGUACUAAAAAUACAAAAAUUAGCCGGGCGUGGUGGCAGGUGCCUGUAAUCCCAGCUACUCAGGAGGCUGAGGCAGGAGAAUCGCUUGAACCCAGGAGGCAGAGGUCACAGUGAGCCAAGAUAGCACCACUGCACUCCCGCUUGGGCAACAAGAGUGAAACUCCAUCUCAAAAAAAAAAAAAUUACAGAGUAUGAUAUGGUUUGGCUGUGUCCCCACCCAAAUCUCAUCUUGAAUUCUCACAUGUUGUGGGAGGGACGCAGUGGGAAGUAAUUGAAUCAUGGGGGCAGGUCUUUCCCAUGCUGUUCUCGUGAUAGUAAGUCUCACAAGAUCUGGUGGCUUUAUAAGGCAGAGUUUCCCUGCAUAAGCUCUCUCUUUGCUUGCUGCCAUCCACGUAAGAUGUGACUUGCUCCUCCUUCCUUCCACCAUGAUUGUGAGGCCUCCCCAGCCAUGUGGAACUGUUAAGUCCAAUAAACCUGUUUCUUUUGUAAA